AUGGCCUCGAUACUCGUCCCCAUCGCAUAUGUUAUAAUAGUCUUUGGUGGACUAUACGUAUUCAGCUACUUCUACAGAAAUUACACGGCUUCGAAAUACGUCGAGCCUUAUUUCCCGCCUCACCACGAACGCAAUCUUUAUGUUACACUCCUUGGGAAAUCCGACCCACCAGUAUCGGAUGCCUUAUUGAAAUCAGCACUCGUACGACGCGCCAUGGCAGAUGUUCACCGUGUCAUUCGGCUUCGAGAGGACAAACCCGCACUUCAAAAUUUGUUGCAGAAGGGCUCAAUUGGUGACGACCUAUGGAACAGCCUGCUGGCAGCUGAGAAGGAACUGGAGGCCGAAAUUAUGGAAGUCGUGCAGGAAGCAAAUGCAUACGUCGAAGGAUGGGGCCAGGUUAUCUUUCCAACAGCCAACGAAAUGAUUGCCAACGAACGGAUGCGUCAACUAUUUGAGUCUACCAACGAGACACGGACGGCCAAAGAAAUCAAAUACGGUGUGAAGUCAAAGUCCGUCGCGACGUCAAGCGUGCCCUCUUCACCUGCGCUCACCAGUCCGUCUCCCUCCCUUCUUACACCAACAACACCUAAAACUCCAAACGGCCUCGCUCCUCCUUCAAAGGCUGAGAGUGUAGCUUCAAGCGACGGUGAAGCGCCUGAUUCCCCCAACAUGUCCCGAAAAUCUGCCAAAAAGAAUAAGAAACGGAAGUGA